UCCCCCUUCACAUCAUUCUCUCCUCUUUUCUGCUAUACAAUCUCCAAACAUUUCUCUCUUCCAAACUACUGAAGUCAAUAUGGCCGACCUUAUUCUUGGUCCUCUCAUGGAUGUCACAAUAUCCAAGGUGAUUUCAGCUACUACCGAGCAACUUAACUUAGCAGUGGGAUUCAAGCAAGAGCUCAAGAAGUUCCGUGUGGUGCUGAGCAUGGUAAGGGGGGUGCUGCAAGAUGCAGAAGAGAAGAAGGUGACGGGUUACUCUGAUUUGCAGCCUUGGCUUAAGGAGCUGGAGUAUAUAAUUGAUGAAGCUGACAAUGUGGUAGAUGAGAUUGCAUAUGAACAUCUAAGGUACAAGGUGGCUCAAAAACAUAUGUGGAAAAAGGUCAGCUAUUUCUUUACUCUUUCCAAUCCUUUAGCUUUUCGCCUUAAGAUAGCUAACAGGAUUAAGGAUUUGAAUUUAGAUCUAGCUAGCCUUAAUGAUUGGGCCACUGGACUAGGGCUUCAAUAUAGACUUGCAAACAAGUUUCCUGAACAGAUAGAAAUCCAACAGACAGAUUCUUCAAUUGGUGAUGCAUCAAAUAUGGUAGGAAGAAAAAAGGAGGUCCCAGAAGUUGUCCAAUCAUUGAUUGACUCGAGUAAUGAUCAAUCUCUCCAUGUCGUAUCCAUAGUGGGUAUGGGAGGCAUAGGCAAAACUACCAUGGCCAAACUAGUGUGCAACAAUGAGCAGAUUCGACGUUGUUUUUUCAAAAUAAUAUGGGUUUGUGUUUCUAAAAAUUUUGAGGUGAUACAGAUUUUAGUAGAGAUGUUGAAAACUGUUACUGAUGAUAACAAAGUGGAGCAUAUGAGUCAAAAUAGCUUAGUCAAAAAACUACAAGAAAAGAUGGAGGAAAAGGCCAAAGAAGAAAAGUUGAAGGAAGAGGCCAGAAAAGAUGAGCCGGAGGGAAAAGCCAAAAAGGACGAGCAUGAGGGAAAAAAGUAUCUCCUCAUAUUAGAUGAUGUAUGGGAUGAAGAUACCAAAAAAUUGGAAUCCCUAAGGAACUGUUUGUUGACAAUAGGUGAAAAAGUUGGGGGUAGGGUUCUUGUCACAACUCGAAGUAAAAAUGUAGCUUCCUUAAUGGGAACACCUCCUGAUCACAUCCAUGAUCUCAGGAAGCUAGCAGAUGAGGAUUGUUGGAGCAAGGAUGUCUGGUUGUCAAUUAAAAAUAACAGUGAAGAAUGGGGUUCAAUACAAGAAGUCGGAGGAGUUUUGCGUGUGUUACAGUUAAGUUUUAAUCGCUUGCCAACACCUGCUUUGAAACAAUGUUUUGCUUUUUGCUCUAUUUUCCCCAAAGACUUUGUCAUGGAAAAGGAGAUGUUAAUCCAGCUCUGGAUGGGUGAAGGGUAUCUCCAACCGUCUAGAAAACGCUACAAGGAGAUGGAAGAUAUUGGUGGCAAGUAUUUCAAUGACUUGUUCUCAUACUCCUUAUUUCAAGAUGCAAAAAAAGACUCUUAUGGUAGUAUUAUUUCUUGCAAAGUGCAUGAUUUCAUUCAUGAUCUAGCACAAUCUGUUUCAGAGUCUCAAACGUUGAUUUUGGAGGGUAGUAGUAGUAGUGAUAUUGCUGCAGACAUUCGACAUUUGAAUCUCAUUUCUAAGGAGGGUAUGCCAGAAACGAAAAUAAGGGAAUUGCGUACCUUGUUUUCACGUGUUAAUGUUUCUCAAAACAAGCUUGAAAACUUUAUAAAGGUGCGAGUUCUCAGUUUCUGUGGUGCUAAUAUUGAUGAGUUGCCAGCUUUUUUGGGGAAAAUGAAGCAUUUAAGGUUUUUAGAUGUUUCAGAAACUAAAAUCAAAGAACUUCCCAAAUUCAUCACUAAGCUCUAUCAUUUGCAGACAUUUAGAUUUAUGAAUUGUGGGGAAAUCAAGAGGCCUUUGAAAGGAAUAUGGGAUUUAGUCAAUUUGAGACACAUUUAUUUCAAUGAUGAAAAGCUUAUGCCAGCUGGGAUUGGUGGAUUAACUUGUUUGAAAACAUUACAAUUAUUUGUUGUGGGCCAACAGAAGGGACAUCAAAUUGAAGAAUUGGGAUGUUUAAGCCAACUUCGGGGAAAAUUAGAGAUUCGUAAUUUGGAUAUGGUUAGAGACAAAGAAGAAGCCAUGGGAGCAAGACUUUCUGAAAAGGGUACAAUUCAGGAGUUGCAGUUGCAGUUUGGUGGGGAGUCUAAUCUUAGUGAAGAUAGAUGCAAACAAGAUUUAGAUAUCUUGGAAGGCCUCCAACCUCAUUCAAAUUUGAAAGGCCUAACUAUUGAACACUACUGUGGGAAAGGUUGUCCUUCAUGGAUGUUAGAAACAAAAAAUUUUCUCAAAAAUCUAAUGUCCAUGACCUUUUCUGCAUGUCCUUGGUUGCAAAGCAUUCCAUCACUGUCACUCAGCAAGGAGGCACAGGUGGAAAUUAAAAAUUGCAAGAAUUUGAAAAGCAUUGCAGAUUCGUCCCUUCAGCAACUCAUCAUUAAGGAAUGUGAAGAACUGGUUGGGGUAGAGGUUGGACAAGCUGCCAUGAAGUCUCUCAAAGAAGUACAUAUAGAGGAUUGUGGUAAAUUGGAAAAUCUUCCGAUGAUUAGUAAAUUACAAUCCCUUGAGGUACUUGAACUUCAACAAUGCACGGAAUUGAAGAUGAUUGGAGAUGAUGCUCCAUUUAUCUCCACCUGUCUACAAGAGUUAAAUAUUCGGAAUUGUUAUAACCUGAUGUCCAUGUCCAGUGUAUAUGGGUCGUCCUCUCUUCAAAAAAUUGUAAUAGGCGGGUGUGGGCAAUUGAAAAGCAUAGGAGAGGAUUUAUCUACUGCCACGUGUCUCAAAGAGUUGAUUAUAUGGUCGUGCAAUGGUUUGAUGUCCUUUCCGAACCUCCAUGGGCUGUCCUCUCUUCAAAAAAUUGUAAUAGUCGGGUGUGGGCAAUUGAAAAGCAUAGGAGAAGAUUUAUCUACUGCCACGUGUCUCAAAGAGUUGACUGUAGGCUGGUGCAAGGGUUUGAUGUCCUUUCCGAACCUCCAUGGGCUGUCCUCUCUUCAAAAAAUUGAAAUACACUGGUGUGGGCAAUUGGAAAGCAUAGGAGAGGAUUUAUCUACUGUCACGUGUCUCAAAGAGUUGACUGUAAGCGGGUGCAACGGUUUGAUGUCCUUUCCGAACCUCCAUGGGUUGUCCGCUCUUCAAAGAAUUGAAAUACGCGAGUGUGGGCAAUUGAAAAGCAUAGGAGAGGAUUUAUCUACUGUCACGUGUCUCAAAGAGUUGACUGUAAGGUGGUGCAACGGUUUGAUGUCCUUUCCGAACCUUUAUGGGCUUUCAUCUCUUCAGAAUUUAUGGAUAACGGGUUGUGGUGGAUUAAGAAGUUUGCCAAGUGGGUUGCCAUCAUGCACUGCUAUUAAGGAAUUGGAUAUCGCCAACUGUGAUAAUCUAAUCUCUAUUCCAGAUGAUUUGAGGAGGAGCUGGAGCAUCCCUAACCCUGCCUGCCUUGCUCGCUUGAAGUGGCUGAGUAUUGGUGGUUUCUCAACAGAGCUCAAGGAAUUUCCAGAUCUGGGCUUCAUCGGAUCUCAUCUUGAAGGAUUGACUUUGAUUGCAUGGGGAGAACCAAGAGAAUGUCUGCUGGAUCAAAUUCAACACCUAACUGCCCUUAAGUCUCUCGGAAUAAGGGAUUUUGAUGGACUGGAAGCUUUGCCGAAUUGGUUUGGAAACUUAUCCUCUCUUCAAACUCUGACGAUUUCCGACUGCAAAUCUCUGAAACAUAUGAAAGCCAUCCGAUGCAUCUCCAAAUUAGAAAGUCUUGAUAUUGAUGGAUGCCCUGAGUUAAAGGAAAGAUGCACCAGAGGAAGUGGAGCCGAGUGGGACUGCAUCUCUCACAUUCGAAACAUCAAAAUAGACUACAGAUGGAUCCAACGCGAAGGAGCUCCCAUUGAGGAUGAUGAUAGUGAGCAGCAGGUUGAUGAUAAUGAGCAGCAAGACGAUGAUAGUGAGCAAUUACCAGUGCGGGCUACAGGGUUGAGACGCUUCAUUUGUUGCAGAAACUAAUAAAAUAGAAAGUAAAAAAAGAUUCGAAAAUUAAAGGCUGGCAUCAUGGCUUGAUAGCCCAACCCAGACCACAGACUUCAACGCUGAUUGUGAGGAUGAAAACAAGACUCAGAGCCAGGCAUAAAAGAGGAUACAAUUUUAAAAAAUGAAGUUGCUCAGACAAGUAUUGUGAAUGCAUGCAAGCCUGUCAAAUGUCAAUUAUGUCAUUCUGUAUAAGAUUUACUUAUCUGAUGUGUAGAUAACAUAUGUUGUGUAUAAAGGCUGAAUCAUUUUCCUGGCCUCUGAUUCUUCAAAUUAACCUGCAAGCAAUCAAUCUCUAAAACUUUAUGUGAUGUUGGUGACACCUUGCUGAAAAGCCAAGGAGCCAAGCACAACAAUCAUCUCAAAAACCGUGGAGACCUUUUAGAUUUUUGUAAGAUCCAUACAUCAAUUCAGGUAAGCUGUGCUUAGUUUUUCAGAC